AUGACGGAAAAAUUCUGGGGCGAGCAGCGUCAGAGGUAUCGUAAUGUGUGCGAUCUAGUAAAUACCGUAGACGAUCACGUCUCAGUAAUAACGAUGUUGUCGAUCUCCAACAAUCUCUUCUUCAUUUGUGUACAGAUCCUGAACAGUUUGAACUCGCGACCAACAUUCGUGCACACGGUGUACUUUUGGUUUAACCUGAUCAUUCUCAUUGGUCGCACAUUAGCAACAGCUAUGUUUGCGGCGGAGGUUAACGAUGAAUCAAAGCGUCCGAUCGAGGUGCUGCGUUCAAUACCGCGCGAAGGUUGGUGUUUGGAGGCAAAGCGUUUUGCUGAAGAGGUCACCACAGAUGUAGUGGCGCUCACCGGACUCAAGUUCUUCAGCAUGACCCGAAAGCUGGUGCUGAACGUGACGGGAGCGAUCAUCACCUAUGAGCUAGUGCUGAUCCAGUUCCACAAGGACGAAGUCUCUGACGUCGACCUGUGUAAGCUUAAGCGGAUGGACACGUUGUAACAUGGAGCGUGAGGCGAUGUGAUUUGGCUGUAGUUACCAAUGUUUAUGACGGUUUUCUAUGUUUUGUUGGUCGUCGUAGUUAGUGUUCGUGUUAGUUAGUUUUAUGAUGUUGUAAAGUGUGAGUUUUCUAUUUUUAAUGUCUGUUGCCUGCUAACCCCGUGUUACCAUUUUACUUUUAGGCUCCAUUCAGAUGAUGGAAGAUUUGUAGACGGAAAUAAAAUAUUGGUUUUUCAAUGCCAGCGAAUAAUUCGACGAAGGUCGUGCACUUGCUGUCUUUGUGCUUGCUCCAUCCGCUUUCAAAGAGUUUGUAAUGUUGUUUUCAUAAUAUUCUAUAAUCGAGAAAAAUAAUAAAAGUGCGAGACAAUUACUCAACGGACAACCCCGCAGGGAAUUCUCAUAGAAAUAUGGGCAUUUUUCAAUGGGGUUUCCUUCGCCGGGAAGAUUUCAAUUUUUGGGAGAUACAUUCGAUCUUCGCGAGUUGUCGAUGAUGACUUGAUUGCUAAGAGAAGGUUUUUUUUGGUUUCGUAUUUCGUGUUUGAUCAUCUCGAUUAUGUUCUUUCUAGUAGCCGCUGCAUCCGGCGAAAUUAUGAUUGUGUCUAAAUGUAGGUUAAUAUAGAAAUAAUUGCUUGCUAGCCAAGGAUGUGUAAUGAUUGCCUCGUCCGCGAAUCUAAAAUAAAAGCCAUAAUUAACCUUUUUUUUAAAGCGUUGGUGUGUUAUUAAAGAACUUCGCUACGAUUCACAGGGUGUACAGAAUCAAUUUGGGAAAAACCUGUACCUUCGUUCCGCAGCUGGAAAGUGUGUUGCACUUUCUUUGGCAUACUCAACCAACAGAUGUCUGGUCAGCGAAGUAGUAAGUUGCUCAUUCAUAGAGGUUGAAUAAAAUUAUUAAACGGAUGAAAAAUCUUAUCUUCUGUUUUAUAAUUCAUGGAUGGUCCUGUUUCAAACCGCCAAAGGACAUGAAUGGAGUAUGCUUGUCAAAGAGUGUCCUCUCAUUCCUCUCAUAAAAAAACAUGCACUUUAGUGACAGUGAUGAGUUGGUAACAUUCCGUCAGCACCAUGGAUAGUUUUGUUGCAUUACGUGAGUAAAGAUAACCUAGGCCAGCAUGGAGCUUAUUAACCUCCAUUCACUAUUUCAAAUUAUUUAAUUAUCUUUCUAUUCAGACAAUGACACCAAAUUUGAAUGCAGUGGAACACUUAUCCCCGAACAAUACGAGUUUACAUCGGUCAGCUCCAUCAAGGAUU